CAGCCAGAUGGGGCUGGCUUAUAUGCGGAAGUUUCAGUUCCGCUCAGUCCAGUUCACUCCGAAACUGACAACCGACGGACUGAAGUCACGCUUUUCUCUCUGAGCACCAGACCCGGCUUCACGAGCGACGUGAAUCAUGAGCAGCAGCUACAGUGUCUCUCUGGCUGGCCCUGCCCCCUGGGGCUUCAGACUGCAAGGAGGAAAGGACUUCUGUCUGCCCCUCACCAUCUCACGGCUGACUGAUGGAGGCAAGGCAGUCCAAGCCAAGAUGAGUGUCGGAGACAUCAUUCUUUCCAUUAAUGGCAUUUCCACAGAGAGCAUGAAUCACCUAGAAGCCCAGAACAAGAUUAAGGCCUGCACAGGCAAUCUCAGCCUCACUCUACAGAGACCCUCCAGUGCCCCUAAAGAUGCAGUGCCUAAGGAUGAACCUCAAGAAAUCAUUAAGCCUGUCCCAAUCACUCACCCUGCCCCAAGCAGCACAUACACCAAGCCUUCAAGUCAGCCCAAUCCUCUAUACAACAAGACAGCUCGGCCAUUUGGGGGGAGCAGCAGUGCGGUUACAGCUUCCUCUUCCCCAGCUGCUCCUAAAGUAGCCUCGAUUCCCUCUGAAUCGUCUGCUUUCACGCCAGCUGCCCCUUCUCAGCCGCCACAGCCUCCGUUUCCGCUGAGGUCCAGCCUCCCUGCACCAGACUCCGCUUCAGCCAACUCAGUUUCCAGGCCCAGCCCUGCUCGCUCCGCCUUCACCUCCCCAUCUGCCUCUUCAUCCUCAUCUAACUCCUCCUCCCCAGCCAGAGUGACAGCCCCCUCCUCCCAUCCCAAUGUCCCACAGCCCUCCGUCUAUAACACACCUAUCAACCUCUACUCUAAUGCCAAUGCUUCUGAGGUCGCUAUUGGACAGAGACGAGGUCUUUUGGAGAGCCAGGGGGUGUCGGAGAACUUCAAUGGGAAACCUUUUGUAGAGCCCGAGAAUCACGCGACCGCAGUGAGUGAUACCAGCAAGAAGCGUCUGAUUGAGGACACAGAGGACUGGCAUCCACGAACGGGCACCUCCCAGUCCCGCUCCUUCCGUAUCCUGGCCCAGCUCACCGGCACUGAAAAUGAUCAAGUUCCAGAGAACAGUGGAAAGAAUGAGGCAGUUGACAAAGCCACUCCCAUUAUGUACACGUCGCCUGCAGCGAAAACAUAUUCCAAAUCUGCAGCAGCACCCAGGAAUGGCAACGUUGUCCCCGCUUCCACAUUCAAGAGCCCUGUAGCGCAGACCAAGCCCUCCUUCCAGCCUGGAGGUCCACCAGGUUUUCCUAAGGGUGGGGUAGCUCCUUCAUUUGGCAAAGUCACCAAUCCUGCUCCCAAAGGUCCGGACCGCCCCACCCCACAGCCACAUCCAGAGGACCUCAACUCUGUGGUUCAGCGGGCUGAGCACAUCCCAGCCGGUACACGCACCCCGAUGUGCAACAAGUGCAACACUGUCAUCAGGGGCCCAUUCCUUGUGGCCAUGGGCAUGUCAUGGCACCCUGAGGAAUUCAACUGUGCUCACUGCCACUCCUCCCUGGCAGACCGUGGAUUUGUGGAGGAGAAGGGCCAGGUGUACUGCGAACGCUGCUAUGAGCAGUUCUUCGCUCCCACCUGCUCCCGCUGCAACCAGAAGAUUCUGGGGGAAGUCAUGAAUGCCCUGAAACAGACCUGGCAUGUGUCCUGUUUCGUCUGUACUGCCUGCCAGCAGCCAAUCAGAGGCAGCAUGUUUCACAUGGAGGAUGGACGGCCAUACUGUGAAAAAGACUACUACAACCUGUUUGGGACCAACUGCCACGGGUGUGACUUCCCCAUCGAGGCAGGGGACAAGUUCCUGGACGCUCUAGGAUUCACCUGGCAUGACACCUGCUUUGUGUGCGCGGUCUGCUCUGCUAGUCUGGAGGGUCAGGCAUUCUUCUCCAAAAAAGACAAGCCUUUGUGCAAGAAACAUGCCCACACUGUCAACAUCUGACCUGCCUCUGUGAAUCAGACGGGAGAGGGUAACGGUGUCAGUUUACAGCGAUCUAUAUUUCAGUCAGAUGGUAAAACUGAUCUGAUUUAUCUGUUAGAAUAACUUUUGGUCAGAUGUUCCACUGUAAGCUUUAUUUUUACGCUAGUAUUUUAAUUCACCAUUCUCAUUGGUUAUUUCAUUUCAGUGUUUUUUUGUUUUUUUUUGGAUGAAUAGCAGGAGUACAUUUGAAUACACUGUUAGCCCCCCUCUGCCAGUUCUAUAUCUGUGCAAGUGGAUUUUAAUACAUGAGUUUUAGCUGGGCUUUUUAUUUGUGCGGUGGUGUGUUAAGCUCUCGAUAGGCAUUUUUGUUUAACACAGAAUAGGAUACAUUACAUGUAGUUUACUGCAAUGACCUACUGAGCCCCUCAGGGGUCACAUGUUUGGAAAAAAAAAAUGAUGACGAGUUAAGCUAUGCCAUGUGUUACUAAAGUGAGUGCAAGGUUUAGAAAUUAGAAUUAUUUAAGGGGAAAAAAAUAUAUUUAUUUGUAAGCAGGGACCAUUCAAGUCAAAAAGACUUAUGGGUAUCUGGCCUUCAGAAAAAAAAUGGGAAAUUUUAUUAUUAUUUUUUUAUUGUUUUAAAGUAAUGCUGUAUUUAAUCACUCCCAGUAAAUGAAAGCACAAAUCAGUAGUAACAUGCAUAGCAGUGUGUAAAUCUGACACUGCUGGCCCUGCUUUAUAGUUAACGCAUGAAAAUGAGUUCAGUCCAGGAGUAUUUUGAAAGGGCUCUGCGAUGACAAGACAGAUCAAGUAGUGAUGCUCUGCUGUUUAUGUAUAUUUUUCAAUGCCUGUAAUUCAGGAACAAAAUGGUUAGUGAGCAUGCUUGUAGUGAAUACCCUCACGAAAAUUUACUUCAUUUAACUAGUUCCUGACAUGAAAAUGCAUGAUGUUUGGUAGAUUUCAGUCAAUUAACACAAAACUAUUUUAAUAUAUACUUCCAGAAGCUGCUGUGAGCUUUGUCUUGCACAAUUUCUAUGCAUAGAAAAAAAACAAAAAAAACAUGUAUUUGUAUUUGUGUAAUGGAUAUUUUCUCAGUGAACACUGUGGAUAAAUAAGCACUUCUCUUCUUACUUUCAUUUCAAAUAAAAGGGUUCAACAAUGUCAAA